AUGAAUGUGGUAGCAAAACGGCUGUUCUCAUUUUCAGCAGCGCGCAAAUGCUUAAAUUACGUAUUCAGUUUACAACUACCGAGACCCCUUGUAAAAACGUACAACCCAGUACAAGUAGGAUACUUAGCUGAAGAAUGCAUCGCAGUCGACGAGGACGAUAACAUCGUGGGAGGAAUUACCAAAGGAGAUGCACAUCGCGUUGAAACUUGUGAGUUGCAUAAAUCUCAUAACAAAUUACCAUGGGUUGUACUACCUCAAUCUGCAAUUAAGUGCGCACUAAUCCAUCCACUAUUCACAGCUGCUGAGACCAAUGGUUGUUCUGGCGUUAUCACAGCAGCAGUGAGGAAGCUUGAGCACGAGUUGGGCGUAUGCGAUUUGAGAACUGAAGAAUGUCGAGUGAUGGGGCGUUUUCUAUACAAGGCAGUUACAAGUGAUGCACUUUGGGGUGAACACGAGUUAGACUAUGCUGUAAUAACGCGGAAUAUGUCGAUGGACCGAAUUCUACCAAAUUCAUCCGAAGUUUGCGAUGUACGAGCCGUGGAUGAACAAGAACUCGCCAACUGGAUAGCAUCAGAGCCAUCUUCAUUUUCUCCAUGGUUUUUGCUUUUCCAUCGUCUACGCCAUCCGCUAUACACAUCUGCUGAGACCAAUGGUUGUUCUGGCGUCGUCACAGCAGCAGUGAGGAAGCUUGAGCACGAAUUGGGCGUAGGCGAUUUGAGAACUGAAGAAUGUCGAGUGAUGGGACGUUUUCUAUACAAGGCAGUUAUGAGUGAUGCACUUUGGGGUGAACACGAGUUAGACUAUGCUAUAAUAACGCGGAAUAUGUCGAUGGACCGAAUUCUACCAAAUCCAUCCGAAGUUUGCGAUGUACGAGCCGUGGAUGAACGAGAACUCGCCAACUGGAUAGCAUCAGAGCCAUCUUCAUUUUCUCCAUGGUUUCUGCUUUUCCAUCGUCUACGGUUUCUUUCUGAAUGGUGGUCAAACCUGGAUGGAAUUCAGAAGCACCCUAACAAUAGUUUGUUUCAAACAGUACGUAACGAACGUUAUUAUCCGCAGAAUAGGUUAUGCAACAGUUAACU